AUGCUAUGGAGCCGACUCGCACAGCCUGCGAGGUCCUAUGCCCGGCAGGGCCUGCCAAGGCCCCUCAGGAUUAAUAGCCGUGUUGUGAUGCACACACCAAAGCGUUUCAACUCCAACCCCCAGAGCACUGGCCAAAUGACCCCUGACCCCACUGAUCAGAAUGAUUCGGAUGAAGGCAAGGGCAAGGGCCGUGACGGCGAUUCAGACCCCAACUUGAAAUCUACGAUUCUCAAGAUGCUUGAAACUGCGGCAACUACAGCGGCAUCAAUUGCUAUUCUAGGCGCGGCGGGAUACUCGUAUCACCAGUACUACAAGUACUUGAUCUUGGACAAGAUGGACAAUGCGUUCAAUCCGGGUGAUCCUGCCCUCGAGGUCGCGGGUGUUGUUUCCGGGAAGCACAAGUACCGCCAUGAGGAACAUUGGGUCGUUCGCAACGAGCAACCCAAAAUCGACGAUAUUGUGGCUGGGAAACAAAGUGGCCACUACUAUCUAAUGAUUGGCGAAAAGGGCACGGGCAAGACUUCAAUGCUUUUGGAGGCCAUGCGCAAGAUUAAUGGCAACAGCUGUGCCUUGUUUGAAGCGCAUGCUGAUCUCGAAAUCUUCCGGAUCCGACUGGGCAAGGCUUUGGACUUCGAGUUUCACGAGGACUAUGUCGGCAGCCUUUUCAGCAUUCGUGGGCCAAGAGACACCACGGCUCUCUUGGACAUUGAGCGCGCCUUCAACAAGCUAGAGAAAGUGGCUCUCAACAGAAGGAAGAUUGGAUCGACUCCUCUUAUACUGAUCAUCAACAGUACCCAUCUAGUUCGAGAUGACCACGACGGACAGGAUUUGCUUGAGAUGAUCCAGCAGCGUGCCGAGCAAUGGGCUGCUAGUGGUCUCGUCACAACAAUUCUUAACAGCGAUGACUAUUGGGUAUACGAGCGCUUGAAGCGUUAUGCAACCCGCAUGGAAGUCAUUACCGUGACAGAUCUGCCCAAGGACAAGGCGAUGAGUGCUUUGAAGAGAUAUCGCCAGCAAUUCCACAACGAGACACUUCCAUCUGCGGUCCUCGAGCAAGUCUAUGACAAAGUCGGUGGUCGACUAUCCUUCUUGAACCGCGUGGCCAAGUCUCAGGAUGUCACGAAGACCUGCGAUGAGAUUUGUCAAGCCGAGAAAACAUGGUUCUUAAACAAGUGCUGGAUCCUCGGAAAGGAGAUGGAUGAUGAUGUGAUGGACCAGCAGAAGUACGCCGUAAGAUCUUCUGGCAAUUCCGUCGGUGCGACUGAAACUAAUUCAAACCGCGACACAGUCUGCCGCUAUGGUUCUGGCGAAAGCUCUGGUAGACAAAAAGAGAAAGAGAUGGAGUCAAUCUACCACCAUGAACAAGGCCACAUCCUGCCAGAAAUUCCGCUUCAUGAAGCGCGCGAGAUCAUGACCCGUGCCGACUUUAUUCAAUCUUACGAUCACGACAAUAUCUUCACGAUUGAUUCGCGAGCCAUGGUGCGUGCUGAUUCGGUACCCAUGCAGCGUGCCUUCCAAGAAAUCUGCGCUAUCGAGAACUUCGACAACCACUUGGAGGGCACCUUGGAGCGCAUUGGAGACAUUGAGAGUCUUGGCCGUACUCGCGAAUUGACUAUCAAAGAUCUCUGGGACAAUGGCAAGUAUCGCGUCGUUGUACGGGACAACCACGGACGAGAGAGUGGGACAGUUGAAUUCGCUGUGGCAGAACGCGAAGGUGAAGAUCAAGAUUAG